AUGCAUUAUCAUGUGAUCAGGCGGUUCACCUCAAGUCUAAGCCCCGCACUUACAAUUUCAGCCCUUCAUUUUAAAAUCAAGAACUUGGUUGUCAAAGGAUUAUAUGACCAAAUCCUUCGACUAUACAAACAAGAGCUCCAUCAUCCCUUUGGCCUCCAUGCAAACUCCUUUGUUCUCCCUUCCAUCGUCAAAGCAUGCUCCUAUGCAAUGUCCCAUCACUUUGGGCUUCAACUUCACUGCUUGUCUCUCAAGUCAGGCUGUGACUCAGACCCAGUCGUAUCCAAUUCUCUCAUUUCUAUGUAUGCAAAAUUUACAAUUGUUGAAGCAGCACGUCAGGUGUUUGAUGAAAUGCCUGAAAGAGACACCAUCACGUGGAAUUCCUUGAUAAAUUGUUAUGUACAAAAUGGGCAUCUCGAAGAGGGGCUUAAAGUGCUUAAGCAAAUGUAUCUUCAUGGUUCUAUACCAAAAGCGGAGUUGAUUGCCAGCAUCGUAUCAGUUUGUGCAAGGACAAGAGAGUUGAGACUGGGCAGAGAGAUUCACGGACUCGUCAUUGUUGAUGGAAGGAUUAAGGAGUCGGUGUUCUUGUCAACGGCUCUGGUAGAUUUGUAUAUGAGGUGUCAUGACUCGUUGAUGGCUUUACAUGUUUUUAAUCAAAUGGAAGUUAAAAAUGAAGUUUCUUGGACUGCCUUGAUUUCAGGAUGCAUUGCUAAUCACAGUUAUGACAUUGCAAUGGAAUGCUUCCGGGCAAUGCAGGUUGAAGGAUUGAAACCAAACAGAGUGACGGUGCUUGCCAUUUUACCGGCUUGUGCCGAAUUGGGACUUAUAGAACAUGGGAAAGCGAUUCAUGCAUAUACUUUUCGUAAUGGAUUUGAUUCAGAUCAUCAUUGCUCAGCAGCUCUCAUACACAUGUAUUGCAAACACGGGAAAGCUUUGCGUCCUGCCAAGCUAAUUUUCGAAAGGAUACCUGUUAAAGACGUUGUGGUGUGGAGUCUGAUUAUUGGGAGCUAUUCUCAAUGCGGCAAUAACGCAAAAGCUCUGAAACUCUUUAGCCAGAUGCGAGCUGAAGGAAUUGAACCAAACUCUGUAACUCUGUUGGCAAUCAUUUCUGCCUGCACCUCUCUAUCUUCACUAAACCUUGGAUGUGGAGUCCACAGCUAUGUCUUGAAAUCUGGGUUAAGUUUUGACAUUUUCAUUGGCAAUGCACUUAUCAAUAUGUAUGCCAAAUGUGGUUGUAUCAAGGAUGCACAUCAAAUUUUCAAGGAGAUGCCAAGGAAAGAUUCUGUUUCGUGGAGCACAAUGAUUGGCAGUUAUGGCCUUCAUGGUCACUGUAAGAAAGCUUUGCAACUCCUUGAUGAGAUGCAAGAGAGAGGGAUAGAGCCUGAUGCAGUCACUUUCCUCUCUGUUUUAUCUGCUUGCAACCAUGCUGGCCUCGUGGAAGAGGGAAAUAAGAUCUUUAAGCGUAUGAUAGAAGGCAAUAAAAUACAAUUAAGCGUGGAGCAUUAUGCUUGCUAUAUUAAUCUUCUUGGAAGAUUAGGGAAGCUUGAAGAUGCUUAUGAGCUUGUUAGAUCAAUGCCCAUGAAACCAAGUACUAAAAUCUGGAGUUCGUUGGUUACAGCUUGCAAGGUUCAUGGAAGAUUAGAGAAAGCAGAAUCUUUCGCACAUCACCUUGUUACAACGGAGCCUGAGAAUGCUGCCAACUAUACCUUACUGAGCAUGGUUCAUGCUGAAACCGGCAACUGGCUUGGGGUGGAAGAGGUGAGGAGAGUCAUGAGAAUACAAGGAUUAAGGAAAUGCUAUGGAUUCAGCCGAGUUUAG